UGAGCCUUUUGAACCUUCUAUUUACUUCCAGCCUUCCCGGUUGUUUUUUCACCGCUCCCACUCAAAAUAGUUGAUUGCUUCUUUGCAACCUCGGUCCCGGUUGGCGCUAGUUUGUGUUACGACCGCCUACAUACAAAACCAGCGGUACCCUCGUCCUAAUAACCCCGACUCACAGAUCCAAAUUAGUCUGGGCUUGUCCCGCCACAUUUGGGAGCAAUGGAAUGGAGCCCGACUGCGCUGCUCAACCCCAAGGCUGCGGCUGCCUCCCCGGCCCGACCACAGUCUGCAAGCGCCGCUCCGUGCGGCUCCUCGGCUACACCCUCCCUUGGAUCGGAGCAGAUGUCCUUCCAAUUCACCGGACCUGACGAGCCCCAGACUGCCGAUUCUUCCACUCCGCCUGCCGGCCGCCAGAAUGGCGUGGUUCGCCAACCUCAGCGGACUCUUACCAUGCCCGUCUUCCAAAACGGAUUCGGCCAGAGCAUUGAGCGCCUGCAUAACGUGCAAGAGCGGAUAGUGCCUCAGCCAAAGCGUCGCAAGACUGAAAACGAGAAUGAUCCGGGGACCCAGCUAGAGCCCCUCCAUGCCUUCACAACGAACGGUGCUCUUAGCUUCCAUAUCAAGCCAACCUCGUCCGAAGAUGCUGCGAGAUCCGAACCUAGCCCGAAGCCUCAAGAGACCAUUGACUUGACAGAGGCCGACUCUGAUUCUGCCCUGCUGUCUCAGGAGCCCAAGGCGCCUAUCAAGGAUGAGGAGGUGUGCUACGGGAUGGUCGAAGGAGCCUCGAUUAACUGUCACAGGGUCCCCGCACCGAAACCCGGCAUGGUGUCUAUUAACGGUGACGACUAUUGGCCGCAGGUUAAGGUUGUACUUAAGCGAAGGGCUGAUGAUCAGACUACUAAGAUCUACGUCUAUGACUAUACACGCCACAUCUUCGGUACGGUCGACGCCAGGACAGCAGAGUGUCUGGCUCCUCUCUUGGACUCUCUCCUCCAGAUCCGCACAGACUGCCGGAUCCCUGCCAGGCGAAAACGCCCCGGCGAACAGGUUGGCCAGCCGGCCUCAUUUUCUCACAAAUUUGAGCUCAUGAUUUAUGGUCCCCGGAAGUAUGCCAUGCAGGUUGGAAAUCACUUGGCGUCGAAGAAGGUCAACCUGGUGAGCCCGCCGCGUGUGGAGACUGGCGUCAAGGUGUUCAAUCCCAUGGCCAAGGAAAACAGGCCCCCGCCGGUUUCUUCUCGCUCAAGCAACCUGGGAACAAACAAUCUAUAUCGCCCGCCGCCCGUGGUGCGCUCAGCCGAGGAAAUUCGUUCCGAAGUUCUGGGCGUCUUUGACUCACUGCCAAAGUCUGAAGAGCUACCCGAACUGGACCCAGACGCGAGGAUCCAAACCGAGUUACUCAAGCACCAGCGCCAGGCCCUCUAUUUCAUGAUUUCACGGGAGUCUGAUGAAUUGCCCGAUGCUGGCCAGGCCAUCGUCACGUCCACUUGGCAACAAAGAAGGGAUAGAUUCGGAGCUGUGGUAUAUUACAACGUCGUCACAAAUCAGAUUCAGCGUGAGCAGCCCCCUCCCACUCUAGGUGGUAUCCUGGCCGAUAUGAUGGGCCUGGGCAAGACUCUUAGCGUGCUCUCGCUCGUCACAAAGACGCUCGACGCCGCACACCAGUGGUCACAGCUUCCUCCCGUUCAACCCAAGGUCCCGGAGCGGAGACCUCAGCAGCAAUUCGAAAUCCCGCGACCGACGACCCUUGACUUAACGCCACUGCGGCAGAAUGGAAGAGCAACCCUGUUGAUAUGUCCCCUGAGUACAGUGACAAACUGGGAGGAGCAGAUCAAGCAACAUAUCAAGCCGGACACAAUCACAUACCACAUUUACCACGGUCCUAACCGCAUCAAGGACGUGUCUCAGCUGGCGCAGUUUGAUCUCGUCAUCACUACCUACGGAUCUGUCGUUAGCGAGCUCAACUCGAGAAUUAAGAGGAAGCGGGGCGCUUACCCCUUGGAGGAGAUUGGCUGGUUUCGCAUCGUUCUCGACGAAGCCCACACAAUCCGUGAACAGAACACGCUGGCAUUCAAGUCCGUCUGCCGACUGCAGGCAAAUCGCCGCUGGGCUGUUACCGGAACCCCCGUCCAAAACAAGCUGGAUGACCUCGCCGCACUACUUGCGUUCUUGCGGCUGAAGCCCUUUGACGAGAAGAGCAAGUUUCAGCAGUACAUUAUUCAGCCUUUCAAAAUGGCGGAGCCUGAGAUCGUGCCCAAGCUUCGUGUCCUCAUUGACACAAUUACACUGCGGCGGCUCAAAGACAAGAUCCAUCUCCCACCCCGUACGGACGAGGUCAUCAGGCUGGAGUUCACCCCAGAGGAGCGGCGCAUCUACGACUGGUUUGCAAAGACUGCACAGGAACGCGUUCGGGUUUUGACCGGCCAGGGCAUUGGCCAGGACCGCAUCAUUGGCGGUAGAACCAUGAUACACAUUCUGCGCUCCAUCCUGCAGCUCCGCUUGAUUUGUGCUCACGGGAAAGACCUCCUCAACGACGAGGAUCUUGCCGAGCUUCAGGGCAUGACAGCCGAAACUCCUAUUGACCUCGACAGCGACGACGAAAACGAGAGACCUAUGCUUCAGGAGAACAAGGCCUAUGAGAUGCUGUACCUAAUGCAGGAGGGAAACAGUGACAAUUGCUUCAGGUGCAAUUGCAGACUUGGCGCCGUUGAGGUCGAUGACCCAGAGGCUGACCGCCAGGAUGAUACCCUCGGGUACAUGGCGCAAUGUUUCCACACCUAUUGUCCCUCCUGCAUCAAGGUGCUUCGCAAUGAGCAGCACAACAAUGGUGAAGAUGGGUGCGGCGUGUGUGCCGGCAUCGACAAGUCGUCGUGCGUGGAGCUUCGCCGUAGCCGUGCCGAUUAUGAACACGAAUCUCGCGUGGCUAAGAACAAGGGCGGCACCGGCAAGGUCAUUCCCGACGACCGCUACAGCGGUCCACACACCAAGACACGCGCCCUCCUUGAGGAGUUGCUGGCAAACAAGGAAAAGAGCGCCAUGAUGCCUGGCGAGCCGCCGUACAAGUCGGUUGUCUUCUCCGGAUGGACAUCCCAUCUCGACCUUAUCCAGGUCGCGCUGGAUAACGCUGGCAUAACUUACACUCGACUUGACGGCAAGAUGUCCCGGAAUGCGCGGAACGCUGCAAUGGACGCAUUUCGGGAUGACCCGUCAGUGCAGGUCAUCCUAGUCAGCAUCAUGGCUGGCGGUUUGGGCCUCAACCUGACUGCCGGCAACAGUGUCUAUGUGAUGGAGCCGCAAUUCAACCCGGCCGCUGAGGCCCAGGCAGUGGAUCGUGUGCACCGUCUGGGGCAAAAGCGUCCUGUCCGCACGGUUCGCUUCAUCAUGAAGGACAGCUUCGAGGAAAAGAUGCUUCUGUUACAGGACAAGAAGAAGAAAUUGGCCAGUCUCAGCAUGGACCGCGACUCGGCGGACAAGAUCGCGGACCGCACAGAGGCCGCGAGGCAGCGCUUGAUGGAUCUGCGCAGCCUGUUCAAAUGAGUACCACCAUACCCGCGGUCUCAACCCUGGCAGUGGAAAGCGUUUUUUCAUCAGCACCUUUAUCCUAGCUAGGAUCACCGACACGUUUGGUAUCACGAGUUCUGGAAA